CAACAGCAUUAUUUCCCGGGUGAAAAAUACAAUUUCCUCUCGCGAGUCUCUAUCUUCCUUUUUGUUUAUUCCCAUUCUCCAGAUUUCCCUUUUCAAAUUAGGGUUAGAAUUCUCUGAUUGUGACAGUUUAUUAGAGAAAGCAAUAAGUACAUAUAUUUACAUAUACUGAAUUAGUAUCGUUAUAUCAUUAGCUCUUAUGAAGAAGAUCUGAAAACACGGGCAGAAAAGGGGAAUUUGCGUACAAUGAGUGCUUCCAGAUUCAUAAAGUGUGUCACUGUGGGCGAUGGUGCAGUUGGCAAGACCUGUCUCUUGAUUUCCUAUACCAGUAAUACCUUUCCAACGGACUAUGUGCCUACUGUGUUUGAUAAUUUCAGUGCGAAUGUGGUGGUCAAUGGAGCCACUGUUAAUCUAGGCUUGUGGGAUACUGCUGGGCAGGAGGACUAUAAUAGAUUAAGACCUUUGAGCUAUCGCGGAGCUGAUGUUUUCAUUUUGGCAUUUUCUCUCAUUAGCAAAGCCAGCUAUGAAAAUGUUUCCAAAAAGUGGAUCCCUGAAUUGAAGCAUUAUGCCCCUGGUGUUCCUAUAGUUCUUGUUGGCACAAAACUUGAUCUUCGGGAUGACAAGCAGUUUUUCGUCGACCAUCCAGGUGCUUUACCAAUCACUACAGCUCAGGGGGAGGAGUUGAGAAAAUUGAUUGGCUCGCCUGCUUACAUUGAAUGUAGUUCCAAAUCACAGGAGAAUGUGAAAGGAGUUUUUGAUGCUGCCAUUAAAGUUGUGCUCCAGCCACCCAAGCAGAAGAAAAAGAAAGGAAUGGCUCAAAAGGCCUGCUCCAUAUUAUGAUCAGCAAUAGGUGCGAGGAUAUACAAUCUGCCGACCAUAUUAUGAAUCCCCUCUCCCUCGUAGAAAAUAGGAGGUCUUUUCAUCCUUGUUAAAAGGGUUGGUGGCUUUGAAUCUCUUAACUGUUCAGUCACGUUGUAGGCUACUUCUGAUGAGGACAUCAUUAUAGUUGGACUUUUAUUAUUGUUUCAGUAUUUUAGUUGGACUUUUAUUAUUGUUUCAGUUGGACUUUUAUUUAAGUUUACGUAUUUUAGUAGGAUUUAAGUAAUGGGCUUGGCCCUAUAUUUCUAGGUUUUUAUUAUUUAAACCUAUCUUGGUUUGUAAUUUUGGAUUGAUGAAUUUGAUUAAAUAAAGAGUUGGUUUGCAGCCGUUCCACCUCU